CCAGACGGACGGCAGCGUCGAAACUUCGGUCGAGCCACAGAGUUCCGGGAUUGCCCCUCCCGUCGCCCUCUAUUUUGCUUCCUCCGCCAUGGCCGGAAGAACCAUGCACGCCGUCCAGUACGACGGCUACGGCGGCGGAGCCGCUGGUCUCAAGCAUGUGGAGAUUCAAGUUCCUUCACCAAAAAAGGACGAGGUGUUGUUGAGAGUGGAAGCAGCAAGCAUCAACCAAAUUGACUGGAAAAUUCAAAAAGGUGUGAUGAGACCUCUUAUGCCACCAAAAUUUCCAUUUGUUCCGGUGACCGAUGUAGCUGGAGAAGUUGUUGAGGUCGGUCCGGGAGUACAUAGCUUCAAGCCAGGUGACAAGGUGGUUUCCAUGCUUAACUUUCGGAAUGCAGGUGGACUUGCAGAGUAUGCUGUUGCAUCGGUGAACAUAACAGUGGACAGGCCCCCUGAAGUUUCAGCAGCUGAGGGUGCCAGCCUACCGAUCGCAGCGCUCACUGCUCUCCAAGCACUGAGGGACGGUGGAACCAAGUUUGAUGGCACCGGUCAGCCCGGGAAUGUCUUGAUCACCGCCGCCUCCAGUGGGGUUGGGUCUUUCGCGGUCCAGCUCGCGAAGCUUGGUAACCUUCAUGUGACGGCCACCUGUGGUGCUCGGAACGUCGAUCUCGUGAAGAGGUUGGGUGCAGAUGAGGUGCUGGACUACAAAACUCCAGAAGGCAAGAGCUUGAGCAGCCCCUCGGGGAGGAAGUACGAUGUGGUGAUACACUGCACGGUGGGUAUCAGCUGGUCCACUUUUGAGCCAAACCUGGCGGCUAACGGGGUGGUGAUCAAUUUAACUCCUACGCCGUGGACCUGGUUUCAUUCAGUGGUGAAAAGGCUGACCUUUGCGAAGAAGAAGCUGGUGCCGCUGCUCAUCUUCGUGCAUGACAAGGAGGAUUUGAGGUUUUUGGUUCAGCUGGUGCGGGAUGGGAAGGUUACGACGGUGGUCGACUCGAGGCACCAACUGAGUGAAGCGGCAGCAGCCUGGGCCAAAAGCAUGGAGGGUCAUGCCACUGGAAAGAUCAUCGUGGAGAUGGGGGGAGAGGAGGCCAUGGCUCCGGUGGUGGCAGGAUGAUAUGAUGCACGGAGAUAGGUGAAUGUAUAAAAGUAACGUGUGUCAAGGGUUUCAGAGGUUAAAGUGGUGUUGUGUAUAUAUGUUGGUUGAACAGGUUUAAGCUGCCAGUACAGUAUGUCCUUCCAUAACGUGUGGCGAACUGAUCCUUUUAUUACUGUUUGCAAGCAAAUCGAAGCAAUAUUACUAAUUAGUCCU